CAAUGACUGAAUCAGAGCUGAGGCAUGCAAAACACAGUCAGAUGAAAAACCGUGGUCAUUUCCCUUUCUGCAACCUCCAGCCUUAUGCCGAUAAAGACGGAAACAAGUGAGAAAAGAAAACUACAACUUUGACCGAAGAACGUGAAGGGAAAAUUUAUUUUUGUCCCGUUUGUAGAAGCUAAAGUGACCGGACGGUGUGCUGAAUAAGGACCAGAAUUUGUCAACGUCAAACCAAGACGUCAAGAAACAAAUGCUUUCGAGAGAAGAAGGUCAUCUCAACCCUUAAGAGAAAGCAGCUAUUAGAGAGCGGUGCGUUUACACGUUUGGAUACUCUUUCAGCUGACCUCUGCUUUGGGUUUUUAAUCAUUUCUAUGAAUGUGUCCACAGAGUGCUUGGACCAUAGAAAGGCCAGACCCAAUUGGAGUGUUUGAUGGUGACAAGCUCAAUCGUAUCCCAUCCCAUCUGACCAAAGCAUUUGGUUCCAGUUCAUUUCCAGCUUUUCAUCAAAGACAAGAAGCUAACUUUGAGACAAAAACUAAAAAAGACACCUCUUCAUUCAGCCAGGACAACAGUUGACAUUAUCAUGGAUAUUCUGGGUGGUGCACCUCGUGUUUUGGGAUAUCCACGCCCUGUUGUGGCACAGUGUGGAACAGAUGCCACCCUGAGGUGCCAAAUUGAUGGGGACCCUCGGCCAGAUGUCAUCUGGGAACGUAAAAAUGUUCAAAUCCUGUCUGAACAACGAUACAAGAUUUCCGAGGAGGGAACAGUGUACUUGUUGACCAUUACUGGAGUUACCCAAGAAGAUGCUGGUCAGUACAUCUGCAAGGCUAGAAAUAGCAUAGGGGAAACCUAUGCAGCAGCCUCACUCAAAGUGGAAGGGGAGCUUCCUGAACAUAACUGGGAAAUUAUACAAUUAAAUAAAAAUGAUGUAAAAGAAAAUGGAGACUUUGGGGAAAGCCUAAAUGGCUACAACAUGGUGGAAAAUGGUGCAAAUGAGAAGAAAAUGAAUGGACAGCACAAGUGGAAGUGUCAAGCAAAUGAAAAACUAAAAGAGUUAGAUUUAACAUCAAACGAUAAGCCACGAUUUCUCAUCAAGCCUUUGUCACUGCGUGUGGAUCGUGGAGAGGACGCUGCCUUCUCAUGCAAAAUCUGGGGCAUGCCUUUGCCUGAGGUGACUUGGGAGAAAGACAGUAAGAAGCUCAAUGAUAUCUUUGAGUGCUCCCACUUCAAUGUGAGCUAUCAAGAUGGAGGCUGGUUUCAGCUCAAGAUCUAUGGGACACGCAUGCCAGACAAAGGCGUCUACACCUGCAAGGCCGUGAACUGUCAUGGCGAGGCCUUGGCAGGAGCUGUCCUUCUUGUCGAGCCCAUUCCAGAGCGAGAAGAGACUAAAAUGUCUUCAAACAGUCACAUCAGCAGCCAGAGGUCACCCAAGCACAGAGGCGGGCGGUUCAGUUUGUCAAAGCUCACCGAGGAGUUGCCCGUCAAUGUAUCCAAGGUCAAAAAGUUUGUAGUGACGGAGGGGAAGCAUGCCAAGUUUCGCUGCUUUGUGACAGGCAAGCCCAAACCUGAGAUCAUCUGGAAGAAAGAUGGGGUUCCUUUGGAACCUGACAGGCGUCAUUUGGUAUUUGAGGAUCGAGAAGGUUACUACACACUGAAGGUCCUCUACUGUAAGAUGCAGGAUACCGGGCUAUAUGUAUGCGCCGCAUCGAACGCUCUGGGAAACACCCUAAGUGCUGUUCACCUGACUGUGAAAGGGCCCUCUGUGCGGUUCAGACGGCUAUUAAAAGACGUGGAGGUAAAGGAGAGGGAUGUUGCUGUGCUGGAGUGUGAGGUGCCCGAUGAAAUGAUCCCAGCUGCCUGGUACCUGGAGGACCAGAGGCUGAUGCCCAGCAGUAAGUAUGGGAUGGAACAGAAAGGAACCAGACGCAAACUCACCAUCCAUGAUGUUGGAACAGAUGACGAUGGGGUUUACCUUUGUGAGAUGCCAGAUGGAGCAAAGAGCAUUGCUGAGCUAGCAGUUAAAGGCACAAUUGUUCGUAAACUACCUCGGAAACUGGAGGUGCUGGAAGGUGAGAAUGCUGCAUUCUGCGUCGAGGUUGAGAAUGAUGACUUGGAGGUCCACUGGUUCAAAGAUGGGUUGAAGAUACACGAGACACACCAGACAAUCCUCAAGUCUUUUGGCAAGACUCACAUACUGGUCUUUGUCAACGUGGCCUAUCAUGACUCUGGGGUUGUGAUGUUUGUUGCAGGAAGAUCUAAAAGCUCAUCACGUCUCAAAGUAAAAGCAACCCGACACUGCCCCCCAAUCUGUCCUGUGGGUGUCAAAAUGAAUGUAGACAGACCCAACAGUGCUCUUCUCACCUGGGUACCCGCACCCAACACCCAAACUACCACCCGUUCCAUGUUUGUCCUGGAGAGACAAGAGGUUGGUUCUCAGGAGUGGCAGAAGUGCUUCACCUCAGAGACCGCCACCUCAGCUGAGGUUUCUGGUGACAGCGUUCAGUGUGAAGGCGACUAUCGAUUUCGUGUCUGUUGCAUCAAUAAGUAUGGACGCAGUGGCCAUGUGGAGUUCCCCAAAGUGAUCCAUCUUGUCCCAGGGCCCAAGAUUCACACGCAUCUCCAAGGCUUAGAAGUGAUGGAAGGAGAGGACGCCCACUUCUCCAUCGAACUGUCUGCACCAAUGGUUGGAACAUGGUUUCUGAACAGCUCCCAGCUGCAGCACAGUGGGAGAUAUUCCAUGCAGCAGAACCAAACAAAGCACUCCUUGGUGAUCCAUGAAACUAGAACCGCUGAGGAUUCAGCAGAGAUUACAUUUAUAGCCAACGGAGUGAGAGAUUCAGCUUUGCUCAGAGUUAAACCUGCUGUGUUCAGGUUCAUCCCUCUGUCAGAACUAGACAGCAAUAAGAUAGUGGAAACCGGUGAUGCCAUUGUGCUCUACUGCGAGGUCACCCAUCCCUUCGCUAAGGUAUCCUGGUAUAAAGACGGUGAGGAACUUCAGGUGAGCGAUGGACUAAACAUCCAAUCAGACGGAAAUAUGAGAAGAAUUGUGAUCCAGUCUGCCGAAGCAUCUCACUCUGGAGUUUACACAUGUGAAACUUCAGGGGAUGUCAUCAAAUUCAAUGUGGAUGUCGAAGGACCUCCAGUAGAGUUCAGUCCAGUGUCAGAGGAGGAGCUUCAUAAGAAUAGCAUGGAGCUGGAUCCUGUGGUUCUGCUUUGCCAUGUUACAAGAGAUGAUGCUGAAGUUGCUUGGUAUAAGGAUGACAGUGAGAUCCAGCCAAGUGACAACAUUACCCUGCAGGCAGAGGGCACCAUGAGGAGGUUAAUCAUCCGCUCUGCAGAGGCUUCAGAUGCUGGAAAUUACAUUUGCAAGUCAGGGAACAACAGCAUAGAGUUUACAGUCAAUGUCAAGGAGCCUCCAGUGACGAUUGUUGAACCUAAAGACGACAUUGUGAUGACAUAUUACGUAUCAGAAGAGAUCAACUUGCAGUGUGAGUUAUCUCGAUCCAAUGGGAAGGUCUGCUGGUUUAAGGAUGGUCAGGAAGUCCAGGAAAGCGACAACAUCCAGCUAAGAUCGGAGGGUCCAUACAGAAGGCUGACCAUUCCCAGUGGCUCAGCGGUGGAUAGUGGAGAGUAUGUCUGUGAAACAAAUGGAGACUCUGUCUUUUUCCAGAUAACUGUUACAGAGCCACCUGUGAGAAUCAUUUCUCCCAGUGAAUCCGAGGUGGAACUCAUCCAUAUUGCGCCAGAGAGGCUAGAGCUGUGCUGUGAAGUCUCCCAGGCAGAUGGUUUAGUUCGGUGGUACAAAGAUAGUUUGGAGGUUGAACAGAGCCCUAACUUGAUACUGGAGGUAGAUGGGGCCCAACGACGGCUAGUUAUACCUUUAACAACUGUGAAUGACACAGGGGAGUAUAUAUGUGACACUGAAAAUGACUCAGUGUCCUUUCUUGUUAAUAUCACAGAGGCCCCUGUGAUGCUAAGGCGUCUCGAACACAUGCCAGACAAAAUGGAAAGUCUUGCUGGAAAACCAGUUGUUUUGGAGAUAGAGGUGUCACAUCCAACAGCAGAGGUCAAGUGGUUACUCGAUGGCAAAGAAAUAGAGCAAAGUAAUGAUAUAACUAUCACCAAAGAUGGAAUCUUUCGAUCUUUGACCAUCAACUCUCCCACUCCAAAAGAUUCUGGGAAAUACACCUGUGACGCUACAGAUGAUAAAAUUAAUUUCCAGGUGAAAGUUUCAGAGCCACCUGUAAAGAUCUUGAGAAAGUCUGAGCUCAAGACAGAUCUAAAGUUCCUAGUUUCAGACGACAUUGUGCUGGAGUGCGAGCUCUCUAGGUACAAUGGCAAUGCCAAAUGGUACAAGGAUGGCUGUCGCAUUCAGGGUGACGAAAGGUUUUGUGAAGAGGAGGAAGGUGCGUUCCGGUCACUGGUAAUCCUUAAUGCGGAACUUAAAGAUUCAGGAGAAUACUUCCUAGAUGUUGGGGAUGAUAGUGUCAGUUUCCAGGUUACAUUAGAAGAUCCUCCAGUGAGAGUUGUAGGAAACUCAUGUGACCCUGAUUACCAGGACUUGAUGGCAGGUGAUGACCUGAUCCUGGCCUGUGAGGUGUCCCGUGCUAAUGCCCCAGUCCAGUGGUACUGUAAUGACAGGCUUCUCACUAAUGAUUCCCAAACCUUCAUUGAAAGCUACGGAACUCUGAGAAAACUUAUCAUCUCAAACAUUCAGCCCUCUGAUUCUGGAAAGUAUGUGUGUGAUGCAGUGAAUGACAAGAUGAUCAAUAUUAUCCGAAUACAAGAACCUCCUGUUACAUUUGUCAACAAGGAAGAUGAUGUUGUUGUGACAGGUUACGAAGCUGAGAGCGUGACCUUGACAAGCUAUGUGUCCAAAGAAAGUGCGGCUGUGCGCUGGCUCAAGGACUGGACACCAGUUGAAGGUGAACGCUUUCGAGAAGUCAUGGAUGGCCAUAAACGCAGUCUUACCAUUCAGCCUUUAAGGCGGUCUGAUGCUGGGGAAUACACCUGUGAUGCCAACUCUGACCAGAUGCACUUCAGUCUGCUAGUGAAAGAAAUGAGAAUAAAAUUUGUGCAACCCCUCCAUGACACUGUGGCUCAUGCUGAUGGCAUGGUGAGCCUACGCUGUGAGGUGUGCAAACCAAAAGCAGAUGUCCAAUGGCUCAAGAAUGGUGCAGAAGUAGUUGGAAGCAGGAGAUUCUCCAUUCGGGCAGAUGGUGUUGAACGAAGUUUGACCAUCCACCGCUUAACACAAGAAGAUGCAGGGCAGUAUGCCUGUGAAUCCAGAGAUGAUCGGACAGUAGCUAUGCUGAGAGUGGAGAUGCCUCGAGUUGUUGAGUUUCUCACUGAACUACACAACACAACUGUUCUAGAAGGAGAAGAUGCCACCUAUAAAUGUGUUGUAUCUCCAGAGGAUGUUCACUUGGUUUGGCUCAUGGACAAUGAGGCAAUAACUUUAGGGGAUCGCUUCCAUGUAAGUCGAAAUGGCCUGUGCCACACCUUGGUGAUUAAAAAGUGCCAGUUGAUAGACUGUUCCAAGAUCACAGCAGAAGCCGAAGGAAAAAUGAGCAAGGCCAGUCUCAAAGUUCAGGAGGCACAGGUCAUGUUCACCAGGAAAAUGGAAGCUAUAACAGCAGAAGAGUUUGGAGAAGCCACCCUGGAGACAGAAAUCAGUCUGGAGACCGGUGAGGUCCAGUGGAUGAGGCAAGGGGUCGUCAUCCAGUCGGGUCUUCGACAUACCCUGGCCCAGAAUGGCUGUAAAAGAAGUCUCACAAUCCAAAACCUGAGCCUAUCGGACCGAGGAACCUACCGCUGCGAGACCCUGCAUGACCGUACACAGGUCAAACUCAAUGUAGAACCCCGAAAGAUCUCCAUCCGCAAAAGCUUAACAGAUCAAGAAACCUUUGAACGGGAGACGGCCUCCUUUGAGGUGGAGCUCUCCCACGCAGAUGUGGAAGGCAUCUGGCAGAAAGAUGGCAUCCGGGUAAAGCCAAACAACCAGUUUAGGGUGAGCAUUAAUGGGCUUGUCCAUAGCCUUACUCUGACAAACUUAACUCUGGAAGACACGGGCACCAUCGUAUUCUCAGCUGAAGGAGUGCGCUCGACUGCAAGGCUCACUGUCAAAGAGACACCUGUGACUAUCCUGAAACCACUGGCGGAUGUUCGCGUGGAGGAAGAAUUUCCAGUCACUCUCGAGUGUGAAUUCUCCAGACAAAAUGUUGAAGUCAGAUGGCUUAAGAAUGAGACAAACCUGAAGCCAGGAAAGAAUCUUCGUAUUUACUCCAUGGGUCGAAAGCGAUUCUGCCAGAUCCUUCAGUGCUCCAUUGCUGACUCUGGUUCCUACACAUGUGAAACAGGCGAAAUAAGCACCUUCUGCUCACUUGAGGUUUAUGAGCAUAAAUUGGAGAUAGUGCAGGAUCUUGAGGACCUCUACAUCCAGGAAGACCAGAAUGCUGUGUUCAUGUGUGAGGUCUCUCUGGAGGAUGUGGCUGGGGAGUGGUACAAGGAUGGUCAUAAGAUCAGACCCAGUAGCACCAUAAAGAUCCGCAAUGAAGGGACCAAACACUUCCUGUUGAUGUGCAACAUUAAAGCCGAAGAUGCUGGAGAAAUCCGAUUUGUAGCAAGGGAUGUUGAAUCAACAGCCUACCUUGAGGUAGAAGAACUCCCGGUUUCGAUUGUAAAACCACUGCGAGACAGAACAGCCCUGGAGAAACACCGCGUGAUUCUUGAAUGCACCGUUUCCUCCCCUCACUGCAGUGCGACAUGGUACAAAGGCAAACAGGAGCUGGAUUCUUCAGAUAGGAUGGAGACCAUAACAGAAGGUUGUUCCCAUAAACUGGUGAUCCACCAGGUUGCUGUAGAGGAUGAGGGCACUUACAGUAUUGAGGUUGGGGAGCAUACAUCCAAAGCAAAACUGUUGGUUGAAGCACAGUCCCUUUUGAUUGUGAAAGAACUUGAGGAUGUUGAGGUGACGGAGCCAGAGCCAGCUUCUUUCCAGUGUGAGGUUUCUGUCGCCAUCAACAAACCUCCAGUUUGGACUUUAAAUGGAGCGACCCUUCACACAGGCCCUGAUGUCCGUCUAGAAGACCACGGGACAAUCCAUAAGCUCACUUUGAGGAACACAAGUGUUGACAUGAGUGGGACAAUCAAAUUCACAUUGGGCAAGGCAAAGAGCAGCGCCACGUUUACGGUGAUUGGAAAGUAGAGAGGCUAGAAAGCAACUCUUGAAAGUAGGCAGAAAGCAAACAGGCUGAUUCUAGGAAUCAACCUAAAACCUACGUAACUGGAUGGCCUUUACUUAUACCCUCUGUGUUUUUAUCAAAUAAUGUGGAGCUAGACAGAAGCUAGACAAUUAUGUCAGGCAUGAUAUCAUUUUUACAGUGUGAAUAAUAUUUACUGUUCGGUAUUUUUAGUUGACUUUGCAACACAUUCUUGCAUUUCAAUGAAAAACAACCAGAAUAAAACAAUUGUGAUGGUGUAA